AACCACCGGGGCGCCAUGACCACCGCCACCGCCACCGCCGUGAACGCGCCGGCGGUCGCGCAGCUCCGCGCCGGCGCCCGCCGCCGGAAGGCGGCGCAGGGCCAGGGCCCCCGGCUCGACCUGCGCUGGGCGCGCCUGCUCCGCGUCGCCGUCGUCAGCCGGGUGCUCCGCUUCGUGCGGGACCAGCUGCUCGCGUGCUCCUCCUGCGGCGGCGGGGGCGGCGGCGGCGGCGGCAGGGGCGCCCGGUACCGCCGCCUCGGCCCGCCCGCGCUGACCCCGGUGGGCAGGGGCGACGCCUGCGUCCCCGCCGCCGGCGACGCCGACGACGCGGCGCCUUGCGACGCGGCCGCCGACGGCGAGAACGUCGUCAGCCUCAAGGUCAGCCUGCUCGGCGACUGCCAGAUCGGCAAGACAAGCUUCAUGGUUAAGUAUGUGGGAGAUGACGGGGAGGAGCAGAACGGCUUGCAGAUGACGGGCCUGAAUCUCAUGGACAAGACGAUGGCCGUCCGGGGAGCUAGGAUUGCCUACAGCAUCUGGGAUGUAGCAGGAGACAUCCAAGCCGUCGACCACAUCCCAAUCGCGUGCAAGGGCGCCGUGGCGAUCCUGUACAUGUUCGAUCUCACGAGCCGGUGCACGCUUAAUAAUAUUCUAGAUUGGUACGAGAGGGCGAGGAAAUGGAAUAAGACGGCUAUUCCAAUCCUAAUCGGGACAAAGUUUGAUGACUUUGCUCAGAUUCCUCUUGAAAUGCAAUGGGCCAUUGUUAACCAGGCCAGGGCAUACGCAAGAGCGAUGAAGGCGACCCUCUUCUUCUCGAGCGCGACGCACAACAUCAACGUGAACAAGAUCUUCAAGUUCAUCGCGGCGAAGCUCUUCAACCUGCCGUGGACGGUGGAGCGCAACCUCACCAUCGGCGAGCCCAUCAUAGACUUCUGACGAGACCUCCUCCUCCUCCUCCUAAGCUCUUAACAGAUAACUAGGCGGCGGCGGCAGCAGCAGCAGCAGCGCACCACGACCCUUCGUCUUCCCCUGGGUCGGAUCGUGUCUUGCUUUUCGCUCGGCUCCUGCUGGCCGCUCCGGCGGCGGAGCCAUGAGCGAGCCUCGGUGCAGGCAAAUGCAAGAUGCCUUUGUACAUAGGUGACAGCGCCCCUGCCCGUGCAUUGCAGGGGCGUCGGGGAAAAGAAAAAGGAAAGCUGCGAGGUGUAUGCAAUACCCCCGGCCGGCUGAAUAGGAAUCCAUGUUAACAUAUCCACCGUUUCCUUUGCUCCUAGCAUGUACAGUCUACAACAUGUUGCGCAGAUGAGCUCCAUGAUCCUUUUUCUUUUCGUUUCGAAGAAUCAACCUGACGGGGGAGCAGAGUGCUCGCCUGAAGGUUCCGCUCGAAAUGACACCGUGCGAGAUGCCUUCGAUGAUGUUCAAGAUUCCUUUUUUUUUCUUAAAAAAAAUGGAGGUUGCUGAUCAGGAAUCAGGAUCU